CUGAAGGGUCCAGGCAUGGCCUGGACUGCAGCUCUCCUGCUGCUUCCACUCCUCAGCCUCAGGUGGGUGCUGUUCCUGGGGGCUCAGGCUGUGCAGACCCCUCAGGACCCCACACUCCUGGACCGAGUCUUGUCUGCCUCUGACAUUGCCAGCUCGACCAUGGGCCCCGGGCCCCAAGCCUGUGCCAGCUUCCUGUCCCGCCUCGCCCAGGCCAACAUGGACGUGCUCCUGAGCACGGCAGCCAAGAGGCAGCGGCUGCUGUCCGUGGCUCUAGCCUGCAGGGCUGUGGGGGUCUUGGGUGAACGAGCUGACCUGUGGGGUCUGGGAAGCCUAGCUUGUGAGCUCCCUGGGUGCUUUGAGGCUGGCUUGGCCAAGCUGGUCCUGUCGAGGCUAGAGGCCUCCCGGGGGCCAUGGACCAUAGUAGCUGUGCAGGCGGAAGGUCCGGGACUACAGCACCUUGCCCCACCCACAUGGUCUGUCUCCACGCUGGUUGUGCUGGGUGGUCUGCUCGGGCUCCUCAGCAAGCCUGACCUGAAGCUCGGCAGGCCCUUCUCUGUACAGGGGGUCCUCGGGACCAGGCUGCAUCCUGCCUUCCUGGGCCCAGACUGGAAGCAGGCUCAGCUGACCAUGGUCCACCCCAGGCUCCGGCGAGACACGCAGAAGGCCGCCUGCCCCCCGGGACGGAAGCCUGCGGUAGUGGACGAAAAUCUGUUCUUCUAUGCCGACUGGGAGCUGGAAGUCUGCGUGGAUGGGCGCCUGCUGGCCGCCCAGAUGGACCGCGUGAACUCCAUCCCCUUCACCUACCAGCAGCUAGACAUCCUGAAACGCAGGCUGGACGAGUCCUACCCACAGGGCUACCCUGAGUCCCUGACCAGGCGCUUGGGCCACUUCUUCCUUGCCAUGAGCCUGGAGGACAUCCACAAGUGGAACGUUACCUCGGUGGACACAGUGACGGCCCUGCUCCGAGCCAGCAGGGGUCGGAGGCUAGACGCUCAGGUGGCUGCCCUGAUCUUCCGCUACAUGAUGGGACGGAACUGGCUGGACCAGGAGGUCCUGGAUGCGCUGGCUGGCUUCCGGCCCUUGUACCUGUGUGUGCUCAGCCCUGAACAACUGGUACACCUGCCGCCCAGCGCUGUGGAGUCAGUUGGACCCCAGGACCUGGACACCUGCAGCCCGCAGCAGCUGGCCGUCCUCUAUCCGAAAGCCCUCUUGGCCUUUCGCAAUGCCAGUGGGCCGGGGUACACUGAGAAGAUCCAGUCCUUCCUGGGUGGGGCCUCCACGGAUGACCUGCGGGCUCUCAUUUGGCGGAACGUGAGCGUGGACAUAGCCACGUUCAGGAAGCUGCGUGUGGAGGCCCUGGUGCCCCUGACCGUGGCUGAAGUGCAGAGCCUCUUGGGCCCACACGUGGUGGAUCUCAAGUCCGAGGCGCACAGAAGCCCAGUGCGGGACUGGAUCUGCCGGCAGCUACAGGAGGAUCUGGACACGUUGCAGUUGGGGCUCCUCGGGGGUGUCCCCAGUGGCUACCUGCUCCUGGACCUCACUCUCCAAGAGACCCACUCCGGGGCGCCACGCCUCUGUCCUGGACAGCUGCUGGCCACCAUGGUGCCUCUGCUCCUGACCCUGCCCUCCCGCUGAGGACAGUGUCCUGGGCGCCCCA